UAAAAGCAAAAUCGCAAAAGUCGAAAAUUCAUUUCGUUAGUGUAGCAAAGGAAGGGCGGCUUUCCCAAAAUGGGCUUUCUUUCCCAUCUUUCCCCAAAAAUGUCCAAGAAUCACCCCGCUAUCCUGUUCGAGUAAGUGGGACUGCUUUUAUUUUUUUCACCUUGUUUCGGCGGGAAGCGGCAACCACGAUUAGUAUGAAAUAAAUUAUGCCGAAGCUGUUGAAUAAUGGAAAUUCCGAGGAGAUUGUAUUCUUUAAUGCGCCCAUUUCAUCGGGGAUAUGCUUCCGCUUUCUGCCCUAAUCCUUACUCUACUGCCGCUUCACCUCAAUUCCUUUAUCCAGCCUCAGAUGAUCAAACCCUUUUCUGCAUUCUUGAAUCAUGCAAGCUGCCAUCUAGUAUCAGAACUGCAGCUACUGUGCACAGUAAAAUCUUAAAACAAGGAUAUGUAAUGUGCCCAUCACUUUUAUCCAGGCUGAUUAAGGCAUAUGCAGCUUGUGACAAACCCGCACUUGCUCACCAACUGCUCACUGAAAUAUGUUCAGCCAGUUCUAAUGUGAACUCUGCCAAUCUGUUGAUUGACAGUUUUGUGAAAGUUGGGGAAAUUGAUACUGCCAAGAAAGUAUUUAAUGCGAUGCCCUUUCGAGAUGUGGUGACAUGGAACUUAAUAAUUGGAGGUUGUGUAAAAGGCAGAUUGUUUGUGGAGGCAAUAGGCAUGUUCAAAGAGAUGUUGGAAACAAAUAUUGAACCCGAUGGGUUUACUUUUGCUUCUGUGGUAACAGCGUGCUCAAAGCUUGGAGCUCUUAAUCACGGAAAGUGGGUGCAUGGUCUAAUGAUGGAGAAAAAGGUUGAACUGAAUUACAUAUUAUCAUCUGCCCUGGUGGACUUGUAUUCGAGAUGUGGAAGAAUUGAAACGGCAAAAUCUAUAUUUGAUGCUGCUGAUAAAACUGAUGUUUCUAUUUGGAAUUCAAUGAUAAAUGGGUUAGCAAUGCAUGGUCUUGCUGCAGAUGCAAUUUCAGUGUUCUCGGCCAUGAAAGGUGAAAAUAUUACACCAGAUCCUGUAACAUUCAUUGGAAUCAUCACAGCAUGUAGUCACUGUGGUCUUGUUCAACAAGGUCGCAAGUGUUUUGAUCUGAUGAAGAAGGAUUUCUCUAUUCAACCACAACUUGAGCAUUAUGGAGCAAUGGUUGAUCUGUUUGGACGUGCUGGAUUUCUAGAAGAAGCUAGCACAAUUAUUAGUGAAAUGCCAAUGGAGCCUGAUGUGGUUAUAUGGAGGACUCUGCUUAGUGCUUGUCGAACUCACAAGAACUCUGAGUUGGGCGAAUUUGCUGUUGGCAAAAUGAAGCAUCUUUCCAGUGGAGAUUAUGUCCUGUUGUCGAAUAUUUAUUGCUCCACUAAGGAAUGGGAUAAUGCAGAAACUGUACGGUACACUAUGAAUAAGAACAGACUUCAUAAGAGUAUCGGAAAAAGUUGGGUUGAAUUGCAUGGUGCCAUUCACCAUUUCAAGGCAGGCGAUAGGUCACACCCAGACACAGAACCAAUAUACAGAGUAUUAGAAGCUUUGUCCCGUCACUCUAGAAUGGAAGGAUAUAUCCCUGCACCAGACUUGGUUUUGAUGGAUAUAUCAGAGGAAGAGAAGGAAGAAAACUUGAAUUAUCACAGUGAAAAAUUAGCUUUGUCUUUUGCGAUCCUUAAAUCCAGUCCUGGAACUGAAAUCUCAAUUUCUAAAAACCUGCGUACUUGUCUUGAUUGCCACUGUUGGAUUAAAAUUGUAUCAAAGGUACUACAUAGAGUAAUCACAGUGAGGGAUAGAAUUCGAUUUCAUCGCUUUGAAAGGGGCUCUUGUUCCUGUGGAGAUUAUUGGUAGCUAAUAUUCGAGGUUUGUAGUAAGCCCUGCUGACUGCUGUUUCCAGUUAUGCACAUGGAGGGAUAACGGAAACCAUACUGGUAAUCAGAUGUGGUACUCUAGUAUUACUUGCAAAUUACGUAGUUGAGGACCAUUUCGUUGGUUAUGUGAUGGCUGCUGUAACUAGGACCGCUUACCAUGGCCAUUGGCCAGAGUAAGAGUUUCUAUAAUAAAUCGUCACUGUUGGAGCUCACUGAAAUGUCUGGAGGUCCUUGAACUGAACAUAUAUCAGAAAGAGCAGCAAGGGCUUCCCAGCUUCCCAGAAGUUAGUAAUGUAGUGGUCACUGAAGAAAAUAAAUCUACAGUUAUUGCAAACUAUGGUACUUCAUACUGCGACCAAGAAGAUUACGAUGAAUAAAUGAGUUGUUACCUUUGCCUACAAUAAAUUUGUUUGCCCUUAUUUAUAACCCAGACCCACGCUGCUAGUGCAGAAUACGGUGCCUGCCAUUACCAACAUAUUUCUGUUUGAAAUUGUUCUUCUUUAGUUCAGUGUUUAUACAGGUGAAGACUUUGCUGCCGCCCUGACACUUGAAGCCAUAUGGAAUAACCUUAUUGCUGAAAGAUAUGUGGCCACUUUAUGUCAUAACAAAUCAACAAUAUUCUCUUACCAUCCCAGAAUAUUUCCUGUGUCUGGUGCAGAUCUUGAUUACUUUUAUCGUAUUUAUAUUUGAUGGGAAUCUUGAAUGUCACAAAAGAUGCAAUCUGCAUGUGUUUUGAAUUGACCUAGAUUGCUAGAACACUUGCUUAAUGCUUCUCAGUUUCAUAGAGGUUCCAACUUCAUGAUUGCCUUCUCCAAUGUUUAUACAAUCAAUUAGUUUCUGUCUCACCUGUAUUAAUCUAUACCAUAUUGUACUUUAGCAUUUACGAGUUGAAGUCAGAUUCUUUUUCUCCUCAUUUAAGUUUUAGUCUUCGAGAUGUCAAAGUAGAUAUAUAGUAAUAGUUGUGCAUAUAAUGCAGAUUACUUGCUUUACAAUAUCAUUCGACAUAUGCUUGCUACUUUCUUGUUUCUGGACUAGCAAAGGAAGCUGGAAAAUGACAUCCAAAGGUAGUUUGAUCUCUGAGAUGCCUCGUGAUCAACUAGGCAUUUUGAAUUGGAACUAGCUGCAGUUUGCCUCCAUAGAUCUCCGGCAGCUGGCUUUUGUCUAUGUCCUCCAGCAGCGUCUCAUGCAGUCUUUUAUCUUCCACAAAGACGACCUUGUACAAUGGGACAACAAAUCAGAUGGCCGCAUUAUGCAGUAGCAGAACUUCAGUAAAAAUAGCACCUUUGACACAGUUUAUCAAGGGCAAACACCAAGAAACCUGGAAAUUCAACCACAGCAUGUCAGAAUCAAAUAGUUGAAGAAGAAGACCAAGAAGAAGAAGAAGCAAGACGGACGCCUGAAUUCAUCGAGGCCUCCUUUCCUGGAGAAAUGUCUAGAACCGAAGACAACGGAAAUGGGGUGCCCUUUCUUGUCUGUUCCUUGUAGAAACAUCUUGUUCUGAGCUAUCUCAUUUGGCACCUCCGAUUCUGAAACGAAACCCUUGGGAACAAAGGUUCGUCUCCAGGUUAAGCACUUGACUAGCAUUGCAGAUGCUUUCUCCACGUCGAGAUCUCGAGCGCGAAGAAACCUUCUCAGAGUUGGCUCAUCUACAUCCUGCCAUGUCAAACUUUUAUCAUGUGGAUCAUUUGUUUAUUCAUCUUGUAAUGUACUUUAGUUCUCUUCGUCUUUUCGCAAACCAAGUAAGUUAUCGUUUAUUCGUCGCUUAUUAGAAUUAUUUGUUCA